AUGGCAACACUGAGAGAUCCAGGCCCGCAAGGCUACGUGCCCCUGGCCGACGCUUCACCAGAGAGCACUGAGGAUCAUGUAGUUUUUGAGCCAGUCAAAACGUGGAAAGGAUACAUAUGGGAUACAUGGGAGCUACCACAGGAUCAGAGGCGUUUACUGUUCAAGGUCGAUGCCUUCAUCCUGACAUUCGCCUCUCUGGGAUAUUUCCUUAAGAACGUCGAUCAAACCAACAUCAAUAACGCGUUUCUAAGCGGCAUGCAGGAGGACCUGGAGAUGUUUGGAAAUCAGCUUGUGACCAGCUUCUUCGAAUCGGGAUUCUAUCCAGGAAUUCAUUAUAUGCUUGGCUCCUGGUAUACACCUAGGGAGAUUGGCAAGCGAGCCAUGCUGUUCUGGCUGGCUGGCUCGGUUGGAUCCAUGUUUAGUGGUUUUCUUCAGGGAGCUGCGUAUACAAAUCUUAAUGGCGUUCACGGACGUGCAGGCUGGCGUUGGCUGUUCAUCAUCGACGGCCUCAUCACCAUCCCACUGGCAAUAGCCGGGUAUUUCUUCUUUCCUAAUCUGCCGCAAGAUGGAAAGAGAACUUGGUGGACAACUGAAAAAGAACAUGUUUUAUCGGUCAAAAGAAUGCAGGCCAUUGGGCGGGCUGGCAAGCAGCCUUGGACCAAAGAUAAAGUCAAGAAGGUUCUGUCCAGCUGGCACACUUACCAUCUUCCGUUACUGUACAUUCUCUGGAACAAUGGUAACCCUCAAUAUGCUAUGGGCUACUGGCUGAAGAGCUUCAACGACCAGCCUCCUCCAGUCCCUGGGACCUCGUUCACUAUUCCUGAGAUCAACACCUCGAUCUUCCUUGUAAUGGCACUGACAUGGGGCUGGUUGUCAGACGGACCGCUACAAGGCGCUCGCUGGCCGUUCAUUUAUGCCGGAGCCAUACUUAUCAUUAUUUUCAACAUCCUCCUUUUGAACAUGCCACUCUACUCCAAUGUUGAUGGAAGGAAGGUUGUCUACUGGCUUAGUAACAUUGGCCACGGAGCCGGUCCCCUGAUCCUCAGCUGGAUCAAUGAGAUAUGUUCUGCCGACACAGAAAAGCGAGCCCUGAUCGUUGCCAUAGCCAACGACUUGGCGUAUGUCGUGCAGGCAGUUGUAAUUUUGGAGACUGUUUUCAUUCAGUUAUUAUUGUGGCGCGAUCGACGAAAACCUGUGCGGUCUCGUGGUGCUGAGUCUCCGCCUCCACCUAUAUACUCCGAUGAGGAGGAGGGUGAAGGCGGUAAUAAGCCAGGAGAGCCGCACUACUCUCAUACUAAUUAG